AUGCUUCUUGGUGUAGCGAAACCCAAUCCCAACCUCCGAGGCGGUGAUCGUCGACUUUCCAAGAAGGAAAAACGUCAGAAGCGAGGCAAAAGGAACAAUCGAAAUAACAACCAGAAGCUUAACGUCUUUCGGCGACCGACGAAGCAUGCGAAGAAUCGAGGCAAGACUGUUAACCGGAGACAAAUAAAAAAAUUGAUUUCGUAUUUGCAUAAGAUCAGAGAAGCAGGAGUGGUGAAUAGGACUGAGAUUGAAGAAAAGUUUCGAGUCACUUUCCAUAUGACUAUACACGAAGUAGUGUCGGCAAUUCAACAGAACAUCACAAAGCUGAAUAACGAAGACUUGCAGUUGCUUCAAUUCCUCCAAAAUGUCGCCACCGCAAUCAAUGCUGAAGAUGCUGCUCGAGCCAGCAGAGCUCAGAGUACUUCCAGUAAUGGAGCCAGAAGUUCCACUACUAGCUCCAAUAGUAAUGGAAACAACGCAGGAAGUGCUGAAAGUCGAAGCAAUGUAAAUGGAAGCUCUCCGGUGAAUGCUGCUGAAACGGAAUUGGCGUACGAUCAUGAUCAUGAUCAUGCCUUGCCAGACCUUGCUGAGAUUGAAUUAGAAGAACAAUCGGAUAGCCCCAGUGGUGCACCAACGACAUUGGAGUAUACGGCCAUGGUGCUCGAUUCAAGUGAAGGCGAUGACGAAGCCGAUGACGACGAUCUAGCCGACGAUUAUAUUAUUUCACCUGUCGCAAGCUUGGUCGCCCAGGAUGAUGAUGACGAUGACGACGGCGAAAAAGUCGAUGACGAUGCUGCCGUUAUGAGCGUAAUGAUUGAAGACAAUGACGACGCAGAUGACGAUGACGGAGGAGACGAUGAUGACGAAGAAGCAGACGAUAAUCUCGAAGCAGACGAUUCAACUUUCGCAAGCUUCAUGAUUGAAGAUAAUGAUGACUUAGCCGGCGAUUUUGGAAGCUUGAUGAUUUACGAUGAUGGCGAAGCUGAUGAUGACGAAACAGCUAUCGCAAGCUUGAUGAUUGACGACGAUGAAGAUGAAGCUGACGAUGACGAUGACAGUGUUCGAAGUAUCGUAAACUCCACAUUAAAACCACUGACAAAGAUAGAAGAUGAAGGAACAAACACUUAUUGGCUCGGGGAAUGCCAAGGAGAUUGCGACUACAAUUCAGAUUGCAACGUUGGGCUUGUUUGCGGCUUUAGGAACUAUGAAGGUGACGAUGACGGUAUCGGUGAUGUCUCAGUUCCUGGAUGCUCGCUCGACCCACGACAGAUUGGCACUGGAUCAGACGACUUUUGUCACAAACCGGAAACGUCCAACACGUUGGUGAUCAUGGCAGAUCGAGAGUUAGAUCUGAGUAUGGAUAAAUAUCCACUCAGCAGGUGUCAGGGAGAUUGCUGGGACGACGAAGACUGCUUGGGGGAUCUUGUCUGCGUGUAUUUUGAUGAUGAUAGGAAGGAUGUUCAAGAUUGCGUUGGAUGGGCCGAGGAAAUGUAUAGCUAUUGCUUGGAAUCAUAA